AUGGGUCACGCUAAUAGCAAGGACCUUUACAUUAGAGGAUUGAAAAAAUUGCUCGCCGCUAGAGGCAGCAAGGUCAGCAGAGACCAAAUGGAGAAAUUCUUAGAUUUUGUGAGAGAAGUGUGCCCUUGGUUCCCAGAUGAAGGUACCGUCAGCUGGGGAACUUGGGAGAAGGUAGGAGAGAGGCUGCAGGAUUAUUAUGCAGCGCAUGGACCCCAGCAGGUCCCCGUAGAAACUUUCGGGCUGUGGACUCUAGUCAGAGAUUGCUUGGAUCUUAGACAUGAGGGAUGUAAGUUAGAAAAAUUGAGACAGGCAGGAUCGGAGGAGUUGCCUCCCCUUUUUGCGCCCGAGACAAAGGGAGAAAUAGAGGCGCCCACUCUGCCCGAAGAACUUAUUGAUCUAAAGUCUUCGGAUGAACAAUGGGAGGAUUUAGACCCCAAAGAUGAGGAGGAUUUAGAAGAGGCUGCGGCGAAGUAUGAUCGGGAAAAAUAUCCCCCGAUGAUUGCUGUGGCCCAAGAAGAGAAGUCCUUUUUAGAUACGCAGGAAGGGAAAUCCCUCCUUGAUACAGUCCAUAGUUUGACUCAGCAGGUGGAGACUCUUCAAGGCCAACUGGCCGCGAUGAAACUUAAACAGGACAAAGGGUCGACUCAAAUCAGAAGCCUUACUGGACCCUCUGUGACAUUUUCCUCAGAACAGUGGAAUCCAGGGGGUAAAGAUCCCCCUGAUGAUAUAACAUUACCACCUUCUGUUAUACCUCCUACAGCGCCUUCUUUGGUACCCCCGGAACCCCCCCUGUGGGGCCCUCCUUUAUCUGAACCACCUCCACCCGUUUGGGACAUGCCAACUAAACCUCCGCCAGGAUAUGCUAGGCCAGGGUCAGAUUCUGUUAUGUAUUCUUCCCGAAAUUGUGAAGGCUCUUACAGACAAGGGGGAGAUACGAAACAUCGUGAAACAUUUCCUAUUAUCGAGAGAGUAGAUCAGGAAGGUAAACCCCUACAAGACUGGAAGCCUUUACGGCUUCGUGAAACGUUUCCCGUUUUUGAAAGAGCAGAUCAAGAUGGUCAGCCUAUAAGAGAUUGGAGGCCUUUUCAAUGGAAACUAAUAAAAGAUUUGAAGGAAGCAUGCACCCAGUAUGGUCCCAUUGCCCCUUUUACCAUGGCAAUUGUGGACUCAGUAGCAAGAGAAGCCUGUACUCCAGAAGACUGGAAGCACAUAACACAUGCUUGCCUGUCUGGAGGUGAUUAUCUUGUAUGGAAAUCAGAAUUCUAUGAAAAUUGUAAGAUCAGGGCUAAUGAGAAUAACAUGAGAAAUAUUCCAAUCACUUUUGAAAUGCUUGCAGGAGAGGGACCCGAGUAUGAGGAUGCUAGAAAUCAAUGGGGUUUUGCACCUCGUGUUUAUGAUCAAAUUGCUUCGGCAGCCAAAAAUGCUUGGCGAAUGUUGCCUGACAAGAAUAGCAAAGAAGAACAGGUUACUCAGAUAAGACAGGGAGCUGAUGAAUCUUUUCAAGAUUUUGUGUCUCGCCUUACUGUUGCUGCGGGACGGACCUUUGGAGCGUCUGUAGCCACGCAGGCUUUCAUAAAACAGCUUGCCUAUGAGAAUGCAAAUUCUGCCUGUCAGGCGAUUAUCAGACCCAUUAAGAAAAAAGGCACUAUUUCUGAUUUUAUCCGUUCAUGUGCCGAUGUCGGCCCCUCCUUCUCUCAGGGGGUGGCCUUGGCUGCUGCCUUGCAAGGAAAAAGCAUUCAUGAAGUAAUGCAGCAACAGGCCAAGCUUCAUGCUAGUGGACGCGCAGGAGCUUGUUUUAACUGUGGAAAAAUGGGACAUCGAGCUUCUCAAUGCCCACAUAAAAUGGAGGCUAACAAUCCGUCGGCUACUGCUGUGGUUAAAAAACCUCCAGGGCCUUGUCCCAGGUGCAAGAAAGGCGCUCAUUGGGCUAAUGAAUGUAAAUCCAAAACUGACAAAGAUGGCAAACCCUUGCAGGGAAACUGGGUUUGCUCCAGGCACAUGGACACAGCUAGAGAUGCCUUCUCCCAGCCUUCCUCGCAGCUAGCUAUGGACACAUGA